UUGACUAUUCAUUUGCGACUGAAUUCACGGAGACUCCUUUACAAUCGUCCAUCAUGGCUACCGCCGAGGAAUUGGGAAUUUGUACCCUUAUCUACGAUUAUUUGCUGAAAAAGGACGCGUCGUUGGCUAACGUUUUCCAGAAGAAGACAAAUGCGAGUCCUUUGCCGAAAGGAUCCCCAACGAUUCUUGACGUAUUUCAAUAUUUUCAAAAGAACGCUCCUAAGAAAGUCAGUGUUAAAGCACAGAAGAAAAACAGUAGCUCGGAUUCAAGUUCUGAAAGCGAUGAGGAAACGCAGGUGAAGGCUCCAGUAGUAAAUGGAAAAGUAACUUCUAAAUCUGUAAAUAAGAAACAAAAGAAAUCUUCUGAUGAAUCAUCCAGUGUGGAUGAGGCACCUACUGUCACGUCAGGAAAAAGUAAAGUCGUGGAGAAGGCUAAACAGGUAACAAAAUCCAAACCUGUAGAAAAAACCAAGCCAGUAGCAAAGACAAAACCGGCAGAGAAAAUUAAAUCAGAAAAAGCAAAGCCUGCUCCUGCAAAAAAAGAGAGCAGUAGUGAGGAAGGUUCCUCAAGUGAGGAAGAAACACCUAAGGUAAAUACAAAAGCUGCAAAAAUUGUAACGAAGGCAAGUACAGUCAAAUCUGCAGCAAAAAAAGAAUCAUCUAGUGAAGAUUCUGAUUCCUCGAGUAAAGAAGAAGAAUCAAAGGUAAAAGCUGUUGGUAAAGUUGCUUCAAAAUUAGUUGCUGCUAAGAAGGCUGAAUCGUCGAGUGACGAUAGCGAUAGUUCUGAGGAAUCCCCAGUAAAAGAAAUUCGAAAGUCAGGGCCAAUCAUUGCAACCUCUAAAUCUGUUGCAAAAGUACAAGCACAAAAGAAAGAUUCAUCAAGUGAAGACUCAGACUCUUCUGAUGAUACCCCAGCAACGAAGGCUACUCUAACGAGUACAUCAGCUAAAACUCCAGCAAAGUCUGCUGCAGUAAAAACACCCGCUAAAUCUGUAGCUCAGAAAAAGUCAUCUAGCGAUGAUUCGGAUGAUUCGUCAGAAGAAGAGGGUCCACCUGUUAAGAAACUUACUUCCACCCCGAAAUCGACACCUAUAGCAAAGUCAACUCCAGCAAAAGUUGCUAUCACAAAGCAAGUAGCAAAGAAAGAAGAAUCUUCAUCUAGCGAAGACAGCAGCGACGAGGAAGAAACACCUUCAAAGAAGACAACUGUUUUAGCUAAAUCAGCUACGCCAGCAAAACCAGUUGCAGAGAAGCGAGCACUUGCUAAAGAAGAAUCAUCCAGUGAUGAUUCAAGCGACGGUGAACCUGCAGCAAAGAAGCCUGUUCUAAUAAAGCCACAAUCAGCGACAAAGCAACAAUCAGCCAAAAAAUCUGCUGCAAGGAAGAAAGAAUCUUCUGCAAGCGAAGACGAUGCUUCGACUAAGACCACAGUGCCUGUCAAAACUGCAGCAACAUCGGCUGUUAAGAAAAAGGAAUCUUCCAGCGAGGAAUCGGACAGUUCUGACGAAGAGGAAACACCAGUUGUAAAGAAACCUGCCAAGCCACUGAUUAAAAAGGAACAGAAAGAAUCUUCUAGCGAAGACUCGGACGACUCUGAAGAGAAGACACCAGCUGUGGUAACUAAACCAGCAAAAUCAUCUAGCGAUGAAUCUGAAAGCGAGUCAGAUGAAGAGGAGCAACCAGCAAAAGCAGCAAUUAAAGUUAAGACUCAGAAAACUGCGGUUAAGACAAAAGAAUCUAGUUCCGAAGAGGAGGAUUCUAGUAAAGAUGAAGAAACAACACCGAAACAAAUACCUGUUACAACGCCCAAUAAGCCUGGGAAGAGAAAACAUGAAAGUCCAGGCAAUAAUUAUAACAAAUUUAACAAGGGCAACAACAGUUUUAACUCCGACAAGACUCAGAAAACUUCUCCAUUCCGUCGAGUGAAGGACCAGGAGUUGGAGUUGCAUCCGGAGCUGGCUAACAAUUCUUUCGAGGCGAAGAAAGGAGCGCGCGGGUCAUGGGGAGAGAAAGCUAACUUGGAUUUAAAAUAUACGAAAGGCAAGUCCUUCCGACACGAGAAGACGAAGAAGAAGCGUGGCAGUUAUCGAGGAGGCCAAAUAGACAUGAGCGUUAAUUCGAUCAAGUUCGACGAGUAAGCUUCACCGAUCCGAGAAGAUUUAAUGAUCUUGCGUUUAGCGUAUACGGUCGUUUUUUUUCCUUUUUUUUUUUUACAGCCAUAGAGAUAUGUAAUGCCGAGCGCGAUGCGAUUGCGACACUUCUUCGGAGACUAAAGAGAGACUAGUACAAACAAUUUAUCCAGGAGAAAUGCUUGCUUCGCACCUCGGACUUUGUGUAUUCUUUGUUAACGUGUCUCUUGUGUUCGUUUUGUGGUUUUUCGGAACUGUACUGUCUCGUCGUUAUGUCCCGAUGUUAGAAUCACGAUACUUGACGUUGCGAUUCACCAAUCGUGAUGUUUCAUUCGAUUCAAUGGAUAGGAAAGCGUUUCACAGUGGUAAACAUGCACGAAAAAUGCGAUAUAUUGUAAUUGAUGAUGUACAUUAUACAUCUUCAUGCUCUUGAGACGGGACAAUUAAUGUUAUAGAUAAUUGUUAGACACCGAAGGCGAGGAUGUAUACGACAUACAAUAUACCGUAUUUUUUAAUAUGUAGCUCAUCUUGCACGUCAUAAUUCGUAAUAUGACAUCAAUAUCGCCUUAAAUAGUAUAUCCACAAAGAAAAACAAAACGCACUCGGCGAAAAUGUAUUCCGAAGUAACAUUAAACCUGGACAGACGUUUCCUUUAUUUUAAAUAGUGAUCGGUAGUAUUAUGGUUCAUUAUCACAAUUGUUCUAGUAAGACGGAAGACAGCGUGUUCUCACAAGCGUCGUUAUUGUACUAUAUGUUAAUCUUGAGUAAUUAUGUGACGAUACAGUUUACGACACGAAAGGAAGCCCCGAUUUUAAGAAUGAUGGGGAUCUAUCUUGAUGGUACACGUUUAUAUUCCGUCAACAUAUUAUUUUUAUAUUUAGUACAUUGCUAUCGUAUACUUUUCUCGAAUGAUUCGGACGUCACAUAGAUCUUACUAAGAUGCGCCUUUUUUUUGUCGACAAGUGACUCAAUUGUACUUUGCACGAGAUUGUUAAACAUCGCUUGCCUGUAAUUCCGAUAUUGCGUUAAAUUUCUGAAUAUGUUGCACCCUCUUCAUAUAAGUCAAUAUGUAACGUUCUGAAUGUAUUCUUGUUUCGUCGAGGGGAAAUAUCUUAGCUGAUAGGCCUUUAACGUAUUCACAAUUACACAGUGGAUAAGAAAGAAGUGAGCUACACUCUACUGCACUCCCCAUUUUUAUAUCGAUUCCGAAAGUUCGACGAUUUGAAAUUAAUGUUGAUGUUAAGUCAAUGUUACAUGUCACGGUUACAUAUAGAGCCUACGAUGGAUGAGACACUUCUGUCCGAGUAAAUGCAUUUAAAGUAAUCGGGGGACAAGCGAAUGACUGGAUUCGUGAAAAAUGUCUCAACUUGGCGAUUAACUCGAAGAAAUAAAUAUACUUGUCACUGAAAAUGAGAGGACGAUGAAAUUAUAAAAGCUACAACUUA